AUGACCAUUUCAUACACGUUGAAAGUGGCCAAUGCUCGAUUUGGGGGAUUCUCCAAGCUCCUGUUCCGAUGGAAAGGAAGCAUUUAUAAAUUACUGUACAAGGAAUUCCUAGUCUUUGUCGCCCUAUAUUCCCUGCUCAGUGUGACAUACAGGUGAGAAGCAAGGCGUAUUCUUCAAACACUCUCUCAUGUGAAUCGGCAUCAUCACCGAGUAUUCUGGGGAUUUCAAUCCAACUGCCAGCGAAUGCUUUCAUACCCGUGUCUCAGGCGUGUUAUCCUGCUAAGAGACACACACGUUUAUUUAUUUAUUUUAUUGAAAUAGGAACUUCGAGAAUUGAGAAAUCGAAAUGCAAAUACAAGGCCUAUUAUCAAAACUGGAAACAAUUAGACACCUUGCUAUUAUUAACUUCAAAUAUAAUCCUUAUAGACGAUGUGUGUUUCAUGUUUACGGUAUACAUACUAAUCAACUGCAAUUAAAAAAACUGCAACUAUGCGCCAGAAAAAAUGAAAAUGACUGCACUAUUGUAAAAACAUAGGCGAUAAAAAUGUGCACAUUCAGUAUGAUUUACAUUUUAAAAAAAUCAUGUUAAUAAAAUGGAUUCUUAUUGGUUAAUAUAUUUACACAAUUAUGAAAUUUACUGACAAAUCUCCAUGUGAUUAGCAACUUGCCACCAGUGUGAAGUUCAAACGACGUAGUAAUUAUUUGGUGUGUAGCUUAAGUCUAGUAGUUUUGUUUUUACUUUAUUAAUCCAUGCCUUCCUAAGUAAGUUUCAUUUCUUCCAUGAUAUAAUGAGAUCGAAAAUUUAAGGCCAGGCGGAGAGUGAUGGGAGUAGUUGCUUGCACACAGCCCUCUCCAGCUGUAACCAACACCAGUCUGAUUAAUAAAUUCCUGUUCCUGCUUCCAGGUUAAUGCUUUCGGAAGACCAAAAGCGUCAUUUUGAGGAGGUUGCACUGUACUGUAACAAGUAUACGGAUCUCAUCCCAAUAUCCUUCCUGUUGGGUUUCUACGUCAAUCUCAUCAUCAGCCGUUGGUGGGGUCAGUACACCAACAUCCCUCUCCCGGACCAGCUGAUGUGUGUGGUGUCCAGUAACGUGCAUGGAGCCGAUGAGAAGGGCCGCCUGCUCAGACGUACCCUGAUCCGCUUCGCCAAUCUGUCAUCAGUGCUCAUCUUGAGGUCCGUCAGCACCCGCGUUCUAAAGCGGUUCCCAACUAUGGAGCAUAUUGUGGAAGCAGGUGGGAGAGAUGCCGAAUGCUUCAUGGUAUCUGCGCUAUGGAACAUGUUGGAGAUUUACAAGUUAUAAUAAUUAACUUUUUUUGCUCAGUGUGGGCCUGGGAGCGCAGGUCAGAUCAAUGCAGUGGUUCUCAGACUUUAUUUACGUUGCUUUAGCCUGGUCAGCCGUUCAUCAACAGUAGAAUCAAUCUGUGACUCACUUUUCAUGUGAAAUAUUGCCUACAACAUUAAACUAACAAAGUUAGAAAAGAAAUAAGACAAAACAAAACUCUUUCCACUGUCCGAGGUGAAUAUGGAGUAACAUUGCAAAGUGAAUUCAAACGAAAAAUUCCAGUUUUAAAUUUAAAGGAACACUAUAGUGACCUAAAUUACUUUAGCUAAAUAAAGCAGUUUUAGUGUCUAGAUCAUUCCCCUGCAAUUUCACUGCUCAAUUCACUGUCAUUUAGGAGUUAAAUCACUUUGUUUCUGUUUAUGCAGCCCUAGCCACACCUCCCCUGUCUAUGAUUGACAGAGCCUGCAUGAAAAAAAAACUGGUUUCACUUUCAAACAGAUGUAAUUUACCUUAAAUAAUUGUAUCUCAAUCUCUAAAUUGAACUUUAAUCACAUACAGGAGGCUCUUGCAGGGUCUAGCAAGCUAUUAACACAGCAGGGGAUAAGAAAAUCUUAAUUAAACAGAACUUGCAAUAAAGAAAGCCUAAAUAGGGCUCUCUUUACAGGAAGUGUUUAUGGAAGGCUGUGCAAGUCACAUGCAGGGAGGUGGGACUAGGGUUCAUAAACAAAGGGAUUUAGCUCCUAAAUGGCAGAGGAUUAAGCAGUGAGGCUGCAGGGGCAUGUUCUAUACACCAAAACUGCUUCAUUAAGCUAAAGUUGUUCAGGUGACUAUAGUGUCCCUUUAAUGAAAGAGUAGCCAAACUGAAAUCAUAGAUGGCUUCGAGAAUUUUUCCAGUUUUGGCUAUUUUGACCUUGAAAUUAAAAUUUUCUUAGAAUUCACUUUGAAAUACUCACCUUAGUAGAUAUUCAUGACCGAUGGAAAGAACCGUAGUACAGAAGCUAUCGAAUGGGAAUUUAACAGAAAAUAUGAAGUGAGUAAAAACAAAUAAACAUAUAUUUGUUACGUUAAAUACCAGAUUCCUAAACAAAUAAUAAAGCCGAUUAAUGAUACAAUGUGUGCAAUGUCUCAUGUAAAUUGCUAAAUCUUUAAUAUAGAUUUAUAAGAAAACAGCUGUACAUGAAACAAUCUGAGCAAUUUAUGGAAAGAGCGAUAAGAGCCAUUAUUUCAUUAUGUAUAGUGAUGGUUGCAAGGUCUCUCCUAAAUUAGGAUUUAUGACCCAUGAGGAGCUAAAGAAGUUCGAGAGCCUUUCGUCAGACUAUAACAAAUACUGGAUCCCCUGUGUCUGGUUCACCAACAUGAUCGCGCAAGCACGCAGAGACGGGAGAGUACGAGACGAUGUGGCACUUAAACUUCUAAUGGAUGUAAGUUGGGUCGGGAGCUUGAGGCAAAAUCCUUUUAACCAUUUUUAGUGAAGAUUUUAUUUCUGGUCUUUUUUUAAAACGUAAUAAAUAAUUGAUUGAUUAAUUAAUCCUAAAGGUUUAAAUGUUUUAUUGGUGGGAUCCUUAUUAGCCACUAAUGACGUUUUGUAUAGUUUGUCUGAUGUGUCCCUUUUUGUCAUUAUGUACAUUUUCAUUUUAGGGGUGUGAGUGGGGGUGUGGCCAGGGGCUGGUCUGAGUAUUUAAAAAUGAUAAAAUCUUUAUGCAAUACUUGGACUGAAUGUGUUGGAAUUUCAGUGAAAUCCAUCCCAGACAAAAAAUAUACUGAGACAGAGUAGGGGUUACUAUUGUCUCAGUAUUUCAUUUGUGUCAGUAUUUUCCUACACCUGACUUUUCUAGACACUGGUUGGAGCAGGGAACUGGCACUACCUAUUAUUAUUUUAUUAUUAUUAUUAUUUUAUUAUUUUAUUAUUUAUAUAGCACCAUCAGAUUCCGUAGCGCUGUACAAUACCUAUGAAGGAUCCUGCUGUACCUCAAUGCUGUACUCUUGCGCAUGUGCGAGAUUAUGGCAGUGAUGUCAGCUCCUGUUGCUGAAAGCACAAGGAGCUGAAGAGGACUGGCUGGAAGGAGAUGGCGGCACCCGCAAGGGACAGCUUCAGGUAAACUAACUUAGUAUGUAAAGCAGUGGGCAGGUGGGUGGAGGUUAGUAUGUACAGCAGUGGGCAGCAGGAGGUUAGUAUGUUCAGCAGUGGAGGUGGGAGAGGUUAGUAUGUACAGCAGUGGGCAGGUUGGGGGUUAGUAUGUACAGCAGUGGGCGGGUGGGGGGUUAGUAUGUAAAGCAGUGGGCAGGUGGGGGGUUAGUAUGUACAGCAGUGGGCGGGUGGGGGGUUAGUAUGUAAAGCAGUGGGCAGGUGGGGGGUUAGUAUGUACAGCAGUGGGCGGGUGGGGGGUUAGUAUGUACAACAGUGGGCGGGUGGGGGUUAGUAUGUACAGCAGUGGGCAGGCUGGGGUAGGUUAUGUAUAGGAGGGGCAGGUGGGGGUUAGUAUGUACAGCAGUGGGCGGGUGGGGUUAGUAUGUACAGCAGUGGGCAGGCUGGGGGUAGGUUAGCAUGUAUAGGAGGGGCAGGUGGGGGUUAGUAUGUACAGCAGGGCAGGUGGGCUGCAGGUGGGGGUUAGUAUGUACAGCAGUGGGCAGGUGGGGGUUAGCAUGGUGGGCAGGCUGGGGGUAGGUUAGCAUGUAUAGGAGGGGCAGGUGGGGGGGUUAGUAUGUACAACAGUGGGCAGGUGGGGGGGUGUGCAGUGGGCAGGCUGGGGUGGUUAGCAUGUAUAGGAGGGGGGUGGGGGUUAUAUGUACAACAGUGGGCAGGCUGGGGUAGGUUAGCAUGUAUAGGAGGGGCAGGUGGGGGUUAGUAUGUACAACAGUGGGCAGGUAGGGAUUAGUAUGUACAACAGUGGGCGGGUGGGGGUUAGUAUGUACAACAGUGGGCAGGGGGGUUAGUAUGUACAACAGUGGGCAGGUGGGUUAGUAUGUACAACAGUGGGCGGGUGGGGGGUUAGUAUGUACAGCAGUGGGCAGGGGGGGUUAGUAUGUACAACAGUGGGCAGGAGGGGGCUUAGUAUGUACAGCAGUGGGCAGGCUGGGGGUAGGUUGGCAUGUAUAGGAGGGGCAGGUGGGGGGUUAGAAUGUACAGCAGUAGGAGACUGUUGUAAUAGAUAAACUUGUAUUAUGGAAGGAAUGUAAGGUGUGAAAUUACUUUAUUAUUUAAUUACAGGGAGGGGUGUGUGACAUUUCAUAGAUUUAUGAAUGUCUUUAUAGUUCUUCCCUAUUUAGAUGGUCACAGUUUGUGUUUUAAAGUGACUUUCGAGGCCAAAUUCAUAAAUAAAUUACUAAAUGAUUGCUCACAUGAGCUUUACCACUCUAACAACAGCGAUGGCUUAAUGCUCUAUCAACUUUGAUGACUUAACACUCUUCAACUAUGGUGGCUUAAAGUGACACUUGCAUUUUAUUUAUUUCUAAUCUUUUUUCUUAAUUUGAAUCUUUCAUCUUUUAGUAGAUAGUUCCCUAAUUUGCUGCAUGUAUAUAGAAUGUAUGUGAUAUACACAGGAUUGCAAAUUAGGGAGUGUGGCAGAAAUGCCUCUUCCACGUGUUCCUGGAGGGGCCUGCUGGCUGGCCUCCUGCCUAAAUACUAUGGGCCCUGCUAAAGACUUUGUUCAUGCCAUUUCCCUAUACUGUUUGAACAAACCAUGGACCACCCGUGUGCUUGUUAAGCCCUAUUGACACCUGGUAACAAUUCACACCUCAGUGUUCUAGUUGUUCGUCUGGGUGGCUGCAGUUCGUAUGAAUGACCACGAGGUGGUGGCCAUCUUGUUCACAUGUACGCGGGCAGCAGUGUUUGGUCGUUGAGUUAAUGGAACUAAAAUUGGACACUGAAACUCCCGAACACCGCUGGACUUCCAUCAUAGUCUGUGUUCGGUUCUGUAAAUCCUAGAAGAACGCUGUUUGGUGGAAUCGUUCGUCUGGAUGAGGGGAACAAGUCCCAUGGUUCAAAUGUAGACUACGUUAAGUAGUUCUUUCGUUUUAUGCUACCGAAAUUGACCGACCGCUAACACUUUUCUAAUGGAACUAUUUUGGGCAGAAGCCACGUGUGUGGUCGGUCCAAAAAGUGACUUCCAUGGAAAACUGGAACCCCUGAACCAAUCUGGAUGAUUUUUGGAUAUGUUGGUCACUCAGACCGGGGCUAUCCGGGGAUGUGACUUUUGUAAGGUUUUCAUCUAUUUUGGGGGUACUUUUGGGGUGUCUGUAAAUUGUGUGUUUUCUGUACCUGGAUAUAAUUUAGUUUGUACAGUUCCUGACUCUCUUAGGUACAGGGGCUACCUUGUGAUUUUGUGUAAGAAACCCCUUGCAUGGGCUUUUGCAAAAAAGGCAGCGUGGGGCCCUGAAUAAAACAGAUUACUCCCAGCAUUAAGCCUCGGCUCAUGUGUGGGGGGAACGGCUGUACUACUCUAUUGAUUGCUAUACUCUCUUAAUGAGAGGUCUACUCACUGGGAUCUGGAUCCAAGACUUGGGUCCAGGGUGGGUGGAGAAGGAGAGACCCCAGCCAAGCUGCUGCGGCUAAGGGGCUGCAAUGUUUUUUGGUGUGCUGAUACAGUGGUAUUCGGUGAUUACUAGGAAGCGUGAUUGGCGGAGGUACACAGCAACAGGGAGCUAUAUUUUAAAAGUUAAAAGAUCAAAAUUAAGAAAAGACAUUUUUAAAAAAAUGAUCCUUCAGGCAGCCGUUUAGUAGGUAGCUCCCUAAUGUACCUUUCUGUGAGAUUGUCAUUUUAAGGGUCCCAAAUUAAGGAGCUAUCUACUAAACAGCUGAAAGGUGAAAAUUUAGAAACAAAAACCCUUUUUCUGUUUCAGUUGCUUAAUAGAUAAGUCCCAAGUUUGCUAUCCUCACAGAGCUGAGGGAUUUGCUGGCACUAUAUAAAUAAUAAAAUAAUAAUAAUAAUGAAAACAAAUGGAUCUGAAAAAUUUCUGAUCAAUUUGUUCCUAAUCUAUUGUUUUCAAUAGAUUAGGAAUAAUUAUUUUUUUUGUGUGUGUAGAAAUUCAGAUACUUCCGUAUUGUUCAAUUAGUCCAAAAGAUAUCAUCUGUUUGCUAAACAGUCCGUAUGUUGCGGCUUUUUAAAAAGACAAUAUUAAAAGUGACGUUUUAAAUUAUCUAUAUAUUACUUUUUUUAGGUAUUCCACCCUAUCCAAAUAUUUCAUCGCUACUCCCUCCAGCUUCUCUCUCUCUCUCUCUCUUAUAUAUAUUUAAACUCUAGGGGUUACCCCCCAUUAGGAGGUACUAGUGAACAAGUUGGCUCAAUUUUCUCUCCCUUUUUCUUCCUCUUUGUUUAUAGAAAUAUCUUUUCUUUCAAAUAUUUUUUGUUCCUGAGAGUUUUGUGAAAGUCCAUAGUAAAAUUAAUUUAAUUUCAGGUUGUGGAUGCUUUGAUCAGCCUGGAAGACACAGCAUCUAAAUGGAUCACAAUAUGUAUUUUCCUCGUGGUUUUUGAUUGAAUGUCUUUUUUGGUGUAUUUUUUAGCAACACUGUAUUACUGCUACAUACGAGCACACACACACAUUUAUAUUAACUGUUCUCUGCAGGAGCUGAAUAAAUACCGUGCAAAGUGCAGCAUGCUAUUUCACUAUGACUGGAUCAGUGUGCCGCUCGUGUAUACACAGGUGAGAACAUCUAUUAAAUGCUUGUAGUCAGGGCUGGUACUAGGCUAUUUUGCACCUUAGGCAAGACCAGUUACUUGUAUACUCUGCUCAAAAAGAAAAAUUGCCAUCUUUGUGUGUCUCUUUCUCCCACAGCCCCUCUGUGUGUCUCUUUCCCCCAGCCCCUCUGUAUGUCUCUUCCUUCCAGCCCCUUUGUGUGUCUCUUUCUCCCCAACCUCUUUGUGUGUCUCUUUCUUCCCCAGCCCCUUUGUGUGUCUUUCUCCCCAGCCCCUUUGUGUGUCUUUCUCCCCAACCCGUGUGUUUUUUCUCCCCCACCCAUUUUUGUUUCUCUUUCGCUCCCAGCCCUUUGGGUGUCUCUUUCUCCCCAACCCCUUUGUGUGUUUUUUCUCCCCCAGCCCCUUUAUGUGUCUUUCUCCCCCAGCCCCUUUGUGUGUCUUUCUCCCCAAUCCGUGUGUUUUUUCUCCCCCAGCCCCUUUUUGUUUCUCUUUCGCUCCCAGCCACUUUGUGUGUCUCUUCCCCACAGCCUCUCUGUGUGUCUGUAGCCGUGCCCAAUAUCCAUCUAAUGUAUGUGUGGACAAAUGUAGAUUCCAUCCUUGCUAUAAAUACUAUUGCCAUCAUGCUUUUCCCGUCUUAAUCUCCCUUUUGGCAAUCCGCGGGUUAAUGUGUCUUGUUGAAAAUCUUAUUGUGUUUCCUUAUUACAGGUGGUCACUAUUGCAGUAUAUUCGUUCUUUGCAUUUUGCUUGAUUGGAAGACAGUUUCUGGAUCCGAGUCGGAAGCACGCUGGGCACAGUUUAGAUAUGUACGUGCCCCUCUUCACCCUGCUCCAGUUCUUCUCCUACUUUGGGUGGCUGAAGGUCAGUUUUCUAAGACAGUAAUUUAUAUUAAACAGAUUAACAUCAAUAUUUAGCAGUCUGUUGGGUGAAUAUUAUUGGUGUACACCGGGGAAGUUUAACUAUCUCAUUCCGUGUUGGAGCUAAUCCCUGAGAACCUGAUCCUGAUAUAGUAAUGUCUACAGAACCAGGAAGGGCUUGAACUCUCUUCCCAAUCACGGACAAACAAGCUUAGCCAUUCACUCUAUGGGUCAAUGCUCUGAAUUAUCCGUUGCUUUAUUGUUACUUAUUUACAUCGUAAAACAGGUUAGAAAAAGACUGCAGACCAUGAAGUUUAACUUUUAACACAUCUAUUUCUGUUGUACCUCAAUAAGUGGAAAAAUCUCUAUUGACUCGGGUAUAUUUUAGACAUGUGCAAUUCAUUUCGGUCCGAAUUUAAAUGCGGAAAAUUUUGGCAAUUCGGGCAUUCUGAUGCUUCCAAAUGUCCGAAUUGCCGAAGUACUGAAUUUCUGAAGUGCCAAACCAAAUUGACUAAGUACCAAAUUUUGGAAGUGCCGAACUGAACCGAAUUGAUGGAAAAUUGAGGGAAUGGUGAUGGGAAUCUAACCCUAACCAUACCCCUAACCCCAACCCUAACCCUACUAGGUUUAGGGUUGGGGUAAGGUUAGGGAAAGGGUUAGGGGUAGGGAUUAGGUUGGGGGUAGGGUUAUGGAUUAGGUUAGGGUUAGGAGUAGGGGUUAGGUUAGUGGUAGAGUUAGGGUUGGGGUUAGGGGUAUGGUUAGGGGUAGGUUUAGGGUUGGGGGAAGGAUUAGGGGUAGGGAUUAGGUUGGGGGUAGGGUUAGGGAUUAGGUUAGGAGUAGGGUUAGGGUUUGGGGCUAGCUUUGGGGUAGGGUUAGGGUUGGGGGUUAGGUUAAGAAUAGGGUUAGGGAUAGGGUUUAGGUUAGGGGUAGGGUUAGGGUUGGGGGUUAGUUUAGGGGUCAGAUUAGGGUAUAGGUUAGGGGUAGGAUUAGGGUUUAGGUUAGGGGUAGGAUUAGGGUUGCGGUUAGGGUCAGGGGUAGGGGUAGGGUUGGGGUUAGGGAAACGGUUGCAGUUCAGCUGUUGGUUUUCAACAACUCCCAGAAACGCUUACUGUGCAUCAGAGAACAAGCAGACAGCAAUGUUAUGGGAUAAGCUCAGCACUGCCACAGAAAUGUGAAGAUCUUGGUGGAGUCAUGUCCUGGUCUGCGUAGAGCUUACUGCAGAUGCUGUAAAUCCUGGGCUUCACAGCAAAUACAGAUCCUGUUGACAUAUUUUUUAUAUGCAUUAUUGAUGUAAAAGGAAAGAAUGGGUUAACACGAGCCUGCAGCGUCCCCUUAACGGCCUUUUGGGACACUGUGUACAAUAACUUUGUGUUUCCUCCAGGUUGCAGAGCAGAUAAUUAAUCCAUUUGGUGAGGACGAUGAUGAUUUUGAGACCAAUCGCCUGAUUGACAGGAAUCUGCAGGUAAUAUUCUCUAGCAUUCUAACCUAGGGAGCUUGCAAUCGUCUUAUGUCAGUGACUGAGAGGAGAGAAGACAAUUUACAAUAUGAAUAGAUACUUUUGGAAAGAUUUAUCAAAGUGUCACCGAAAAUGUUAUGUCUCAUUUUUAGCAUCAAUUUUGGUCAAAUUGAUAUCUGUGUUUUUUUUUUCAUCUAUAGCUUCUUUUAUCAAUUUACUUUACUUCAAUGUUUGUCACACUUUUUCCGACAGAAAAGUUAGCUUUUCUUUUUUUCUCCCACUCUAAAUUUAACAUUGCUCUAAAAUGGUAAUUUCCAUGAAAACUGGCCGAAUUUACUAUGGAGAAACCCGUCACUUUUUAGAUCACUUUAAUAAAUAUCAUCAAGGUAAUAAAGGGAUUAAAUCAUCACUUUUCAGAACCUGUUUGUCUUCAUUCAGCAGCAGGCUAAGCCAUGCUGGGGUUUUAUGUAUUAAAAAGUAGCUCGAAGCACCAUUCGGUGAUUUGAAGUGGUCAUGGUGUUUGGAGUCUGUAUGUGCAGAUUUUCAGUUUGAAACACUGCAAAUACAGAAGUAGACCAUUUUGCUGCUGAAGAUGUAACACCGCCACCAGAAGCUUCCUUUCCUUAUCAGGGACAUUCUUCGCCCUGCAGUGGGAGGAUGAGAUCUCACCGGAGGACAAUCUCUCUAUCGGUAGAGCUUGGAUUUCGCGUGGGAUCGCAGGUAUGUUGUUUCUUUGUUAAUUUUUUUUUGGGGGGGGGGGCCAUGCCAGAAAGGAUUAACCCCUUAGUGACCGCGGUCAUACAGGGUACAUCAGCCAAAAAAUGGUCGUUAACCAAAACUGCCAAAAUGAGCGUUGUGUAAUAUCCCUCCACAUCCCCCCAGAAUCCCCAUGCCCUACACUGCCGAGCGAUCACUUCCAGGUUGCCGCACGUGGUGCCCGGCAGUGUAGAGCAGAGCAUCGGAAGCCAUCAGGGGUCGAGGCACUCAGCAAUAGUAAAAAAAAUUAAAAUAAAAUAAUAAUAAUUAAAAAGAAAAAUUAAUUAUGAAAUUAACCCUCUACCCUCCCUCCCCUUCCCCAAUGCAGACUAAGCCCAGACAGUCCCCCCUCUGCACUGUAGGACCCCCGGGGGCAUGUGACACAAUAGGUGUCCACAGUGCUGCCAGCAGGGGGAUGCCUGAACUGACAGGAAGUUGCUGGUGAAAAAGUAAAAAUAAAGUUAAUAAAAGUUAAAAAAAAAUAUUAAAAGUAAUAAAUUAAAAAAAAAUAUUUAUAUAUUUUUAUAUAUAUGUAUAUAUAAGAUAUAUAGAUAGAUAAAUUAUAUCUAUAUAUAUUAUGUUUAUGUAUAUCAUAUAUAACAUCAUACUAAGUGUAUUUUUUAUUAAUAUAUACAUAUACUAAUUUAAAAAUACACUUAGAGUAAAAUUACACAUGUAUAUAUACAUAAUAUAUAUAUAUAUAUAUAACAACUAUAUAUAUUGUAUAUGUAUAUAUUAUUGUAAAAAUUAAAUAAUAAUUAAUUAAAAAUAAAUAAAAAGACUGUAAAAAUAAUUUUUACAAAUUUUUACAAAAAUGAUAUAUAUAUAUAUAUAUAUGUAAUUUUAUUUUAACUGUAUUUUGAUAUUAAUAUAUAUACACAUAUAUAUAUAUAUAUAUAUAUAUAUAUAUAUAUAUACUAUUACAUUCUAUGUAUAUCUCCUUAACAACUAUGGACGUACUGAGUCCCCCAGACUGUUAUAAAGUAAAAAUAAAUAAAUAAAUAUGUUAUACAUAUAUUAUAUUUGUAUCAUAUAUUAUAAAAUAAUGAAAGCAUUUUAUAAUAUAAUAUAUAUAUAUAUAUAUAUAUAAUGCAUAUAUAUGAUUUCAUUAUAAGUGUACUUUGAGAUAUAUACAUAUAUAUCUUAAAAUACAUUUAUAAUGAAAUCAUAUACAUGCAUUAUAUAUGUAUAAUAUAUUAUAAAAUGCUUUAAUUAUAAUAAAUUAUACAUAUAUAGAAAAUAAAAAUGUGUGUGUGUGUGUACAUAUAUAUAAUAUAAAUUGCAAAAAAUUUUUUAUAAAAAACAAAUAAAAACGCUAACUUUGGCCAGCGUUUGUGAGUAAGUGGCUACUACAUAAGACUGGACAUACCACAUUUUGAAUACCCUGGGUUGUCUACAUUUAAAAAUGGUAUGCCAUUAUGUGGUUAUUUCACAUUCCUGGGCUACCAUAUGGUCUCAAAAUGCAGCACAGACCCAGCAAACCAAUCUCGCAAACAAGAUCGGGCAAGCUCUGUAUUGACCCUGUAACUUUCCAAAACACCAUAAAACCUGUACAUGUUGUUAUACUUGGGAGACUUCGCUGAACACAAAUAUGAGUGUUUAAAAUAGUAAAACUUAUGAAGUCACCAGUAAAAGUGCAGUUUUUGUGUAAAAAAAUGUAAAAAAAACAAAUAAAAACACUAAUUUUGGCCAGCAUUUCUGGCUAAGUGGCUACUAAAAAGACUGGACAUACCUCAUUUUGAAUACCCUGAAUUGUCUUCUUGGCAUCCCAUGAUGUUUUUUUUUUCAUUCCUGGGCUGCCUUACGGUCUCAAAGGCAACAUAGGCCCAGCAAACUAAUCUGGCAAAUUUGAAUGUGCAAACCUGGAAAAGGGGACCUUUUUGACCCCUGUAAGUUUUGCAAAAAAACAUAAAACCUAUACAUUGGGGGCAGUGUUGUACUUGGGAGAUAUUGCUUAACACAUAUUGGGGUGUUCUUCGUCAGCAACACAUAACAAGAACUGAUAAUUCAUGCCUAAAGUACAAUGUCAGAGAAAAAUAACACAAAAAAUUACUACCCAAAAGUUUGACAAAGACUGUGAAAGAAAGUGUUAAAAUACCAACAUUUGAAAUACCCGAGGGUGUCUACUUUUUAAAAAUAUAUGGUUUGAUGGGGGUAAAUUACACUGGCCAGCUUCAAAAAUGUCCCAAAUAGGACAUGUGUGCAUGAUGACCAGCUGAGAAAAUUCCAAGUUGGAAAACUGGAAUGUGCACCCUCCAAAUAAGGUCUUUUAUCCCCCAGAGAACCCGACACACCUAUACAUGGGUGGUAUCACUGUACUCAGGAGAUGUUGCUGAACACAUAUUGUGUUCUUUGGCAGUAACCCUUAAAGGUCUCCGUACAUGUAUUCUUAAAUUGCUAUGUGUGUCAAAAAAAUCACCAAUUGUUAUUAUUUUUUUUAAAUUUGGCAUAGAUUGGUGGUAAAAUGGUUGCAUGAAAAGAGUCAAAAUACCCCAAGUUUAAUUCCUUGGGUUGUCUUCUUUUAAAAAAUAUAUACAUGUGAAGGGUUAUUCAGGGAUCCCUGACAGAUAUUAGUGUUACAAUGCAACUUGUGUUCAUUUUGAACAAAAUGGUUUGGAAAUAGCAAAGUGCUACUUGUACUUAUUGCCCUAUAACUUUCCACAAAAAAAAUCUAAGAACUUGCCAACAUUGGGUAUUUCUAAACUCAGGACAAAAUUUAGAAACUAUUUAGCAUGGAUAUCUUUUGGCAGUUGUAGAUGCAUAACAGAUUUUGGGGAUCAAAGUUCAAAAAAGUGUGAUUUUAAAAAGAAUUUCAUCAUAUUUUAUAAUUUGUUUUAUAGUAAAUAAUAUGAUAUGAUGAAAAUAAUGGUAUCUUUAGAAAGGCCAUUUAAUGGGGACAAAUACGAUAUAUAAUAUGUGUGGGUACAGUAAAUGAGUAAGAGGAAAAUUACAGCUAAACACAAACACAGUAGAAAUGUAAAAACAGCCCUGGUCCCAAACGGUAAGAAACGGUAAGAAAAUUGAAAAGUGGUCUGGUCACUAAGGGGUUAAUCACGAACAGGGUUUUUGUUGGAGUAAUCAAACAAAGUAUUUUAAGAACUUACCCUUUUGAAAGGCUCUGUAAAGUGCAACUUCCAAAGUCUGGAGCGCGGGACUGAAUGUUAAAUAGCAGAGGGGAGCAGAGGCACCCCUGAUUAAAUCCACGUCACAUAUACCAGUACCAAUCCUAAUCUAAAAUACCUGCAUUUAUACACACAUAAAAAAAGAGGUUUCUAGCGCUUACAAUGUCCAAAUGCAAAAGGCAGCUAUUACCCCCAAACCAGAGUCUCUCUUGUCUGGUCGUUGAUAGGGAGUCAAAUUGUCAAAUUUCCAAAUUAAAAACAAGGAAAUACACUUACUAUCUCAUAGCUAUCUCAUAGCUCUAGAUGUAGCACCUUGGCAGUACAAUCCCCACCUAUGGAUAUAAUGAUGAAAUCUUGGUCCGACCAAAUCAGGUUUGCAUAUGUAACAUAAACACAAGAGCAAAAAAUAGUGCAAUAUGUCAGGAAGCCAAAAAUUUUAUGGCAAGACAGGAGGCUUCAUAUUUGCUUAACCUUCUUUACUGAACCUCCCAGCAGCAAAGAAAUAGUUAACAUAAGUGAGAAAAAAAUCAACCAAUCAGGAUACAUAUUAGAACAUAACAGUCUUUCAGGCUCCUCCCAACUCCUCUUUCUUUGCUGCUUGCCUCCCAGGUGAGUCUAUUCCAAUUAUAGCUCUCUAUAUGUAUAUUUUGUUUAUAGUAUACAUACAUUAUUUAACAUUUGUUCAUUUAAUAUUUUGCCUCCUUUAAUUGAUUUAUCCCUCUAAUUGACUACAUGAGGUCAUUUUUUUUUUUUUUGUGCUGUCUAGCCCUUUAUUGCUGCCUGUUUUUUCCCUUGUCAACCUAGUCUUUCCCUGUUUUGCCGUUUUUCUUUAAUCCCUGUUAAUUAUUUUUUUUGGGGGGGAGGGCUUUUUGUGCCUCACUGAUCGUUGCUCCGUGCUUGGGUCUGUCGGGCCGCGCCACUGCUGUGGCCGCGGCCCAUUUUUUACUCACGCCCGCAAUCUUUUCUGUGCCGCCCUUUUAGCCGCUUCAUUGUUAGGCGCGCAGUUUUCCCGCCUUCUUCUUGCCGGCGGCCAUCUUCCGUUCGGUCUGUUCCGUUUUUUUGCGGCUUUUUGCUUCAGCUCCGAUCGGCUGUUUGCAGCUCUGUCAAAUGUAAGUAUAUUGCCCUCUGGUGGCUCUUUAUUUUAUUACAGUUUUUUGUUUAAAGAACCAGUCACUUAUUACUGUUUAUUUUGUUUUAUUGCAGCUGCCUUUUUCCUUUCUUAUUACAGCUAUGUGCCUAUUAGAGGGUGACCCCCUCUUGCCUCUUUCAUGAGGGUGACCCCCUCUUGCCUUAUCUUUGAGCAUAUUAUAUAUAUUAAAUAUAGGGUGAACCCCAUGUGUUUGAUUUUGACAGGUACCACCUGUCACUAUUAUACAGACAGUUUUUAACUGCCAUUAUUGUGGGUGAACCCCACUGAGUUUCUUUUAAAAAGUGAUUGAAUACUUUUGUCUGGGUGAACCCCAGAAGAAAGCCCCUGCCAGUUUACGUUGCCUUGAUUAUUAACAUAAUAUUACAAUACAAAUAUAUAUAUAUAUAUAUAUAAAAAUUAAAAAAAUAAAAAAAUAAAAAAAAAAGAUAAAUAAGAAUAUAUAGAGGUAGUUAAUAUACCUGUUUGAAUACUAUUUUCUGUGGUGAACCCACUAUUAUUUUUUACUGGUCACCAUGUCUGAUCAAACAGAACCUGCAAUGUCUGCAGAACUAAAAGCCUGGCUUCAAGCUGCAAUUGCAGACUCUAUUCCCAAGGCUCUAGCAGCGUUUCGUGAUCAGACAGCCACUACUGCCACCAUCUCACCAUUAUCUGUCUCUGGUGAUUCUAGAGUCUCUGAUCAUGACGAAGCCCCACGUAAGCGCCCAUGGAAGGGUGACAGUGCUUCUGCUGGCAAAGGCAAAGCCCCAGCGAAGACGGCUAAAUUGUCUAAGACCAAACCUACUUUGGCUACAGAAGCUGACCCCUUAAAGGGCUCAACCUCUGACUAUCACCUUCGAGUGAUGGACGAUUACGAUGCUUAUUCAGAUGAGGAUCCUCCACGUGAUCCUUCCUCUUCUGAAUUUGUUACGGAAACCUUCCUCCUACCCCAAGAUCAGUCCUUUCAGGACGCUGAUCCCAUGCCCAAUUCUAAUUUAGAUUCUAAUAAAGAUGAUAUCCUACUGGAUACCAAAGGGCGUCCACUUUUUGAUCCACGCUGUAUCAGACACCCUCGUUCAGCGGAGUGGACACCUCCUGAUCACAUUGCAAAGUAUUGCAGAUUAUGGCUUCGCAAACCUUUAGAAAAGGAGAUUAGGGCCAAAUUAAGAGCAGAGUGUCCACGGCCUAUAAUCCCUGAUAAAGUGGCUGUCACCCCUGAGCUUGAUCCACUCCUGGUCACUUUUCUAACUAAGACGGGUAAAGAUCCCCGCAAGGGAAUCGAAGUUGGCUUAAAAGCCACCCAGGACAAGCUGAUGGAUAUAGCGGGCCCGCUUAUCCAGAUUUUCAUAAUUGCUGAUGAGACACUGGCAGGAGGCAAUUUUGACGCGCACAUGGUGCGUGAAUGGGCACAAAGGGUGUUAUGCCUGUUAGGCAACGCCAAUGUGGCAAUGUCCGUUGAACGGCGUAAAGCCGUAUUAUAUAAAAUUGAUGCCAAAUUGGCAGAACUAGGCACCAAAGAACUUGGUCCAGAGGCUAACGGUUUAUUAUUUGGGGACAGGUUCAUACGAGACCUGAAUAAACACGUAUCCGUGUUUACUUCCCUUAACAAGGCACAAUGGAACCUUCGCAGGGUGUUCAGACCCCAGCGUUUUUCCGGUAGAGCUGGUCGCUAUAGAGGCCGAACGACUGGCAGAGCUGCCUUCACGGGCUACAGGCCUCAACCAGCAGACUCAUGGAAUUCGGGCAAUACCCGUUUCUACCACAAGCAGUUCUUUCCCUCUAGACGUUCCAUCAGAGGACGUGGAUAUGCUUCCCUCCGGGGCCGCACUGCUUCAGGUAAUAGACUUUCCUUAUUCUCAAGUUCCUAUUGCAGGUCGGUUAACCCUUUUUUUCCCACAGUGGUCACUUUUAACUCAGGAUCCAUGGAUCCUUCAAACUGUAUCUGGUUUCCAUAUAGAUUUUGCAAACGACCCUAUACAGGAGUCUCCUCCUCCACCUCUGCACAUGUCUCAAGAGGACAAUGCGACCUUAGAGGCUGCGCUGCCGAUCUUGUCGCCAAGGGCGCUAUAGAACGUUCUCGGUCUCCUCACAGAUUCAUAAGCAACAUAUUUCUGGUCCGAAAACAGUCAGGGGACUUUCGACCAGUUAUCAACCUGAAAGAACUGAACAAUUUUAUUGUUUACCAACAUUUCAAGAUGGAGGGUAUCCACCUCCUUCGAGACCUACUCUGCGAGGGAGACUGGUUCUCCCGUUUAGACUUGACAGAUGCUUACCUCACGGUUCCUAUAACACCGGCCCAUCGCUGUUUCCUACAGUUCCGUUGGCAUCACGAUUUAUGGCAGUUCACAUGCCUCCCCUUCGGACUUUGUUCCGCACCUUGGUGUUUCACCAAGCUGAUGAAGCCGGUCAUGGCUUUACUACGCUCUCAAGGGAUUCGCUCCAUCAUAUAUCUGGACGAUAUCCUCCUUAUGGCUCGAGACCCAGACACUCUGCGCCUCUAUACGGAUAUGACCACAGCUCUGUUACAAAACCUGGGGUUCGUGAUCAAUGUCCAGAAAUCCGUCCUCACCCCAACUCAAGUGGUUCAAUUCCUGGGAUUCCAAAUAGAUUCAAUUUUGGCGAUCUUACAACUCCCUUCAGUAAAGGUCAAGAACAUCAAAAAAGACAUCAGGAAAAUUCUAGCCUCUUCGGCUAUCCGUCUUCGCGACUUAGCUCGCAUAAUCGGACUGCUCUCCGCCUCAAUUCAGGCGAUCUUCCCAGCUCCUUUACAUUACCGAGCAAUGCAACGUCUGAAGACUCGCUCCUUACGUCACUCUGCGUCUUACGAUCAACUGAUCUCCUUGACAGACGAAGUCCGACUCGAAUUGAACUGGUGGCUACACCAUAUGGAUGCAUGGAAUGGGAAAGCGAUCUUCGGAUCACAGCCAGAUUACAUCCUAGAAUCGGAUGCCAGUCUUCUGGGCUGGGGUGCAUCAUGCGCAAAUCUCUCUACCGGAGGUCCUUGGUCCCCAUCAGAACGGGCAUUGCACAUCAAUUGCCUCGAGUUGAUUGCCGGGUCCUUUGCCAUUCGCAGUUUUGCGAAGGACUCCUACAAUUGUUCCCUAGUACUGAGAAUGGACAACAUCUCAGCUGUUCAAUACGUGAAUCGUUUAGGGGGAUCCCGUUCCAAAAUGCUCUCAGACCUCACAAAAGAACUGUAUAAAUUUUGCCUAGACAGGAACAUCUCCCUUCGAGCGGAGUAUCUGCCAGGUUCCGACAACUUAGUCGCAGAUUGGUUCUCUCGACACUGGAGAGACUCCAGCGACUGGCAAUUAGACCCACACGUUUUUUACCGUCUCCAUCUUCUUCGGGGUCCUUUCAGCCUCGACCUGUUUGCGUCUCGUCUGAAUCGACAGACGCAUUUUUCAGUUGGUUGCCGGAUCCGACGUCUCUGGCAGUAGACGCCUUCCUUCAAGCUUGGCCAAUGACCGGAGCUUAUGCCUUUCCCCCGUUCUCCAUGAUCCUUCGCACUCUCCAUCAUCUCAGGACUCAGGGGGCCACAAUAACACUGCUGACCCCUUUGUGGCGUACCCAACCAUGGUUCCCCAAUCUCUUAGAAAUGUCGGUGAAUUAUCCACUACUGCUACCUGUCACACACGAUCUUCUCAAAGAUCCUGCAGGCAAUUUUCACCCUCUGGCGUUGCAGGGUCAUCUCCAGCUAGUGGCCUGGACUGUUUCAGGGGAUCCUGGGAUGCCACAGGACUUUCGGAGUCUGCUAGAGCACUCUUAUGGGACUCAUGGGCCCCCGGGACUAGACGCUCUUACCUCUCAGCCUGGCGAGUUUGGUAUCGCUGGUGUUUGGAAAGGGGUUUUCAACUUCUUUGAUUAAUGUUAUGAACUUUCUGUCCUCUCUUUUUGAUCAGGGUAAAUCCUACAGAUCCAUUAACGUCUUUCAUUCAGCAAUCUCGGCAGCUCUUGGCCCCGUUGAUAAUACAGCGAUAGGUAAACACCCCUCCAUCUGUAGACUGUUGCGUGGCAUUCGUCUUGCUCGACCUCCUGCCCCAAAAUAUUCACAUUUUUGGGAUGUUGCUCUUGUUUUGUCCUUCCUGGAGACUUGGCCACCCAAUGAAGCGCUCCCUUUACGACAACUGUCGGCCAAAUUAGCUCUUCUUCUCUGUUUGGUUUCUUUUAGGAGAGUGUCUGAUAUUCAGGCAUUUGACUUUCAUGCUAUUGAUUUCACGCCCCAGGGUGUACGUUUUAACAUUUCUCGCCGAACUAAAACUAAUUCUUUAACAAUUACUUACCCUUAUUUUUCUGACAGACCGUCGCUCUGCGUUGCUCGUUGUGUUCAACAGUACGUCGUCUCUACAUCACCUCUACGUACCCCUACGGGCCCCCUGUUUAUCUUGUAUGUGCGACCACACAAACCAGUGUCUUGUCCCACGAUUGCCCGCUGGAUUAAAUGGCUUCUAGGUUUAGCGGGCAUAGACUCCUCUUUUGGAGCUCAUUCUGUCAGAGGUGCGGCUGCAUCCUCCGCCUUUAUGGCCGGGGGAUCCCUCGCAGACAUCCUAAAAUGCGCUGACUGGUCUCGAGAGUCUACCUUCCGUACCUUCUAUUUUCAACAAUCGUCCCAUGCUUCCUACUCUUUGGUUUCCACGCUUUAAAACAGCAAAUAUGAAGCCUCCUGUCUUGCCAUAAAAUUCAGGAUUAUUCUAGCUUUAGCGACUGAAUAAUCUAAAUUUUAUUAAAGACAGGAGGCGAAUAUUUUCCCACCCUAUUUAUCUCCCAUCCCAGUUUUUUCUUUUAUCAAGUCGCAUGUAUCCAUAAAAUUUUUCAAGUUUUCCUUGUAUAGACUUAUAUAUGUCUAACUGUUUUGUUCCCAUUUAUUCUGAUUAGGUGCUUAUUCAUCUGCCUGGUUUUCUGACUAUUUUAGAAAUUUGCAAUAGUUAUACUCAUAAUAUCCAGGGGGUGGAUCUGUGUAUAUAGAUAUCUUGCGGACACCCAGUCCAAGUACCCAUACUUUCACGAUCUUUCUCUGUUUUUUAGUGUGAAGUUUCUCUACAUGAACCACGAAGACUACGUUCCCUUGGUCUCUAAUCUCGACUGCGUUUUUUCCGGUUUACAUGGUUGAUGACUUACUCCGGUUUACACGGUUGACUACACUUAUGAUCGGCUGCAUCAGAAAGAGGAUUUGAGAGGAGCCUGAAAGACUGUUAUGUUCUAAUAUGUGUCCUGAUUGGUUGAUUUUUUUCUCACUUAUGUUAACUGUUUCUUUGCUGCUGGGAGGUUCAGUAAAGAAGGUUAAGCAAAUAUUCGCCUCCUGUCUUUAAUAAAAUUUAGAUUAUUCAGUCGCUAAAGCUAGAAUAAUCCCGAAUUAAAUAGUAUAAAAAUGCACACUCACAUUUAUUAGAGCCCUCUAAUGGCUCCUUGCUUAUGGCUAGGAGUGGAAUAAUCCCCACUCUUGGGAUAUAGGUGCAGACUUCUUUCGUUCUAUGGGUGGGUAAAAUCCUUGACUUAGAUAUAAAAACAAAACAUAAAAUAUAGUGCACACGGUGUGCACCCCCUAUGGCAGGUAACAAAUGCAUACCUGACAUAGGGAGGUACAUUACACUCCAUUAUUGUAAUAAUUAUUGACCCCAAUAGGAUUUUGAUUUAUUAACUUUUUUCAUGUGGCGGCCCAUUAACAAGCGCUGUCCAACCACUAAAUAAAUAUUGCGGCAGCGCCAAGGGUUUGUAACUGUUUACCCACUGGCUGCUAGCACCGCGAGUGGACAUGUGGUGGACAUGUAGUUCUUAAAAUGAUCAAUUCACUUGCCAAAAAGCCACUGAAUGAUCAUUUGCGAAGGGACAUCCUGCUGGAUUCAUUCUGUUUAUCAUCGGCCGCCAUAAGGUGGUUGAGAAAUCUCCGAUUCCAGUACUGUAAAUUGGUUUGGAUGUGAAAAUCACAGAUUUUCUGAAAUCAUCUGAACCAAUGUUACAGAAUCAGUCAGACCGACCAAAUUCUGACCACUUUUAGCUUUUAGUAAAUAUAAAAAUGCAGUAAUUUUCAUCGGUUUUGUCCAAUCUGACAAUAUCUGAUGUUUAGUGAAUAAUCCUGACAUAAAGUAUGACCAUCGUAGUAGCACACUAACCAUGGCCAAUGAUAACCUUUUAUAGCAUUGCGAUAGGUUGCUUCUAGCUUGGUCCUGUGAUUUGAUGCCACAUGCUUUCCUUGCAGGUUUCCUUAUUGUCUGUGGAUGAUAUGUAUCAAAAUCUGCCUCCGAUGGAGAAGGACAAGUAUUGGGAUGACCAGAAUGCUGCUCCACCUUAUACUAUUGCUACAGCUGCCGAGACCCUCAAACCAUCAUUUAUGGGUUCUGCUUUCGAUAUGCGGUAGGAGAGUUUUCUGCCACUUAAUUUCAUGUAUUUACUUUCCCUUCUCAAAAAACAAACAAAAAAAACCCCCACCAAUAGCAUGAAAGCACGCUCCUCCUGAUGGUGUGGAUUAAACUUAUAGGAUCUCUCCAAACCCCUAAAGAACUUCAGCUAACAUGUUUUAGGGGCAAAGAGCGUCCUCUCUUUAUAUUUUUCCAGAAAAAUCAUAACUUUUAUAAAAUGUCUAGGUUGCACCCUCCCUGCCGUUAGUGUUUUUCCAAAUCGCUGUGUGCCCCAGCACAAACUUAUCAUAGAAAAUUGUGGAUUCAAUGCUUUUCUAUGAGAUGCAUUGCAGACACAGCAGGUGAAGAUGUGUCCUGUGUCCAUUGUAUCUGUAUUGGCUGCUAGAUCAUCAGUAGUAACGUUCUUCUAGUGAGAGACUCUCUCACCACUUGAUUUCAGGUAAGUUAACCUUAUAUCUAAGGCAGCAGGAGGACUGAUAAUCUAAAUAGUCUUCAAAGCAUUCCAGCAUUACAAAAUAAAGGGUUUUUUUAAACCUCACAUGGCUGUUAUGUGAGGUUGCAGGAGAUAUUUAUAUGGCUCUGUGUGGCCCUUGAUUUAAACUGAGAUCAUUCCCAGUCAUUGGCAUGUAUCAAUGAUGGAAUGGCAUUUGUCACUGGGGGCUGGGGCUACUGUCAUUGAAGCUAAUGGCCUGUGCACAAACACUUAUAGAGAGAUUGCCCAAAUUUAUUUUCCUAACACUUUUAUCAAUCUUCCACAUUAAACUUUGGUGGACACUGAUAUCUCUGUCAGUUGGUUUGUCAGAACCUUGUAUCGUACUAAACCAUGUAUUUUAUGUUUCAGCUACGUAGGAGACUCAGAACAGGUACCUUACACCCCAAGCAUGCCCCGUGCUCGUACUCCGAUGCUCAGUCGUUUCCUCUCCUCUGCACCAUCACCUGCUGUUAGCAUGAAAAACUUCAUGGGUCGUGGGGCGCGGGCUCACCCCGUCGUCCGAUUUAAAGGAGAAGGUUAUGCAUCUCCCAACCCUAACUCCCGCUACGUUGAUCAAGAUACAGACUUUGUAAGACGCAUCGACGAGGAGGAGACAACAGAAGAUGAGAAGGAAAGUAGAGGCAGCGAGCCACCUACUCCAAGGCUUCUCCUAAAGGUGCCUCGCCGACUGCAAGCCUCGGAGAAACAGAAGAAGAUGGAGCAGCCCAAGUCAUCCCCUUUGCUAAUCACUGUUAGCGAGCCAUCUGAUGAAAACAUGGAUUCAGACCAGGCUGAGUGCUAAAGACUAGCCUUUUUCCACCAGAAAUCAUAAUUUUCCACAUGGGAAAUGGGGCAAAGAGUUACAGUGCCUCUUCUUAGUGUUAUUGUGGGAUAUUAAGAGUCUGGCUACAUGCUGGCAAAGUCCCAUUCCAUCCAGGCUCCAUCCUGCUUUGAUAGUGCCUGGGAUCUAUAUCUUCAAUGAAUAAAAGGCCAACAAUAUUUUUUUCCAGACCAGUACUGAAGGUUCCAUUUAGAUUCUUCCAAAGCUUUAUCAAGGUUCAGGAAACUGGAAUAUAGCCUUCAGUGCUAGCCUGGAAUAAAAGUCCUUGAACCAAUGUUUGGAGUCGGCC